CAAAGGGCAAGAAAUCGGGGAGAGAGAAUUGUGGAUUGUUCCUCUCCAGCUUUAGCCCUCAGCAUUUCUGAGUUCCGAGUCCUGGACGCUGCGACUCCUCAACGGCUUCUUCCACAGUCGCUUGCUUGCCUGAAUCUAACUAUUUUCAAAAACAAUUGAAAAUUAAAUAAAUCGUUCGCAUUUUAUUUUCUUCCUUUUUCUCCCACGCAAGCCCUAAUCGCCAUGGGAGAAUCUGAACCUUCUUUUCGGAUAUCCGUUCACCAGGCUCUCGGCGGUGGUCUAGUUGCGGACGUUUUGCUUUGGAAGAAUUGGUGCGGAGGGGUUAUGGUUCUGGUUUCGUCAACGGCAAUGUGGUACCUAUUUGAGCGCGCCGGAUAUAAUCUCUUGUCUUUUGUGUCCAAUGUUCUAUUGCUACUGGUCGUGAUUCUCUUUUUCUGGGCCAAAGCUGCUUCCCUUCUCAAUAGACCUCUCCCUCCUCUUCCUGAUAUGGAAAUCUCUGAGGAGUCUGUUGCUAAGGCUGCAGAUGAACUGCAAAUCUGGAUCAAUCGGGCUUUGUCAAUUGCACAUGAAAUAGCAAUUGAGAGAAAUUUGAUACUUUGCCUUCAGAUUACAGCUGCAUUGUUGCUUAUCUCCUUUUUUGGUAGUCUGUUCAACUUUCUGACUCUAGUCUAUACCUGCGUUCUUCUUAGCUUGUCAGUUCCUGUGUUGUAUGACAAGUACCAGGACCAUAUUGAUGACAAGUUGUAUAUGAUACAUAGGAAAAUUCAGAUUCAGUGUGGAAAAUUAGACGGCAGUGUUCUACGCAAGAUUUUUAUACCUUCAAACAAGUUAAAGAAGAUGGAGUAGGGUGCAAGUGGAUCCCUGAGCCUAGCUAGGGGGUGUAGAAAUGGAUGCUCAAGAUAUCAAGUACUAUAGAUUGUCCUUUUGCUGGGAUGUUGCUGUUUAUAUUCAUGGUUAGAUGGUGUGUUAGUUCUUCAGAAGCAGGAGUUGACGAGUAGCUUUAUAAUAGGUGAUGAUUCUUUGUCUGACCGCUUAUGUUUCCCUGCCGAGAUCCUUUUUGUUUUUUUUUUUUUUUCAAAUGAAUUUUGACACUGGGCUUAUCCUUAGAACUGUGACAUGCAUGGCUUUGGCUAAAAAAACUAGAGCUUGCUUGGCUUGGAUAUGUGAUAUAUUCUUACU